GUAGGGGCGGAAAGCGGAAGUGUGGGAGGGUCUGCGGGGCGGGCCUGGAGAGGUCCCGGGGAGGAUGGAGUAGUGCGCGGGGCUGGGCGGCUGCCGGCAGCGCCAUGGAGACGGUGCAGCUGAGGAACCCGCCGCGCCGGCAGCUGAAAAAGUUGGAUGAAGACAGUUUAACCAAACAACCAGAAGAAGUAUUUGAUGUCUUGGAGAAACUUGGAGAAGGGUCCUAUGGCAGCGUGUAUAAAGCUAUUCAUAAAGAGACCGGACAGAUUGUGGCUAUUAAACAAGUUCCUGUAGAAUCAGAUCUUCAGGAGAUAAUCAAAGAAAUCUCCAUAAUGCAGCAAUGUGACAGCCCUCAUGUAGUCAAAUAUUAUGGAAGUUAUUUUAAAAACACAGACUUAUGGAUCGUUAUGGAGUACUGUGGAGCUGGCUCUGUAUCUGAUAUCAUUAGAUUACGAAAUAAAACGUUAACAGAAGAUGAAAUAGCUACAGUAUUACAAUCAACUCUUAAAGGAUUGGAAUACCUUCAUUUUAUGAGAAAAAUACACCGAGACAUCAAGGCAGGAAAUAUUUUGCUAAAUACAGAGGGACAUGCAAAACUCGCGGAUUUUGGUGUAGCAGGUCAACUUACAGAUACCAUGGCCAAGCGUAAUACAGUAAUAGGAACACCAUUUUGGAUGGCUCCAGAGGUGAUUCAGGAAAUCGGGUACAACUGUGUGGCAGACAUCUGGUCUCUGGGAAUAACUGCCAUAGAAAUGGCUGAAGGAAAGCCACCAUAUGCUGAUAUCCAUCCCAUGAGGGCAAUCUUCAUGAUUCCUACAAACCCUCCGCCCACAUUCCGCAAACCAGAGCUGUGGUCAGAUAACUUUACGGACUUCGUGAAGCAGUGUCUUGUAAAGAGCCCUGAGCAGAGGGCCACAGCCACUCAGCUCCUACAGCACCCGUUUGUCAGGAAUGCUAAAGGAGUGUCAAUGUUGCGGGACUUAAUUAACGAAGCCAUGGAUGUGAAACUGAAACGCCAGGAAUCCCAGCAGCGGGAAGUGGACCAAGAUGAUGAAGAUAACUCAGAGGAGGAUGAAAUGGAUUCUGGCACGAUGGUUCGCGCGGCGGGCGACGAGAUGGGCACUGUGCGUGUGGCCAGCACCAUGAGUGAUGGAGCCAGUACCAUGAUUGAGCAUGAAGACACCUUGCCCUCACAGCUGGGCACCAUGGUGAUCAAUGCAGAGGAUGAGGAAGAGGAAGGGACUAUGAAAAGAAGGGAUGAGACCAUGCAGCCUGUAAAACCAUCUUUCCUUGAAUACUUUGAACAAAAAGAAAAGGAAAACCAGGUCAACAGCUUUGGCAAGAGUGUACCUGCUCCACUGAAAAAUUCUUCCGAUUGGAAAGUACCGCUGGAUGGAGACUAUGAGUUUAAAACCAGCCAAGAACAGCAUUCUGAAAAAGACAUAUGUAUCCAAAAUUGCCCGGGGAGCGUGCUGGGUAGAUAUGCUUUCUGAGAAACCACACGGCAGAUGAAUGUCCUCUUUGUCUCAGAAGCUGCGGGAGCCUGGUUCUGCUGAUGACUCUCACUGGCUGCUUGGAGCUUGGUUUUUAACUCAGUUGCCGAAAUGGCUCUGAGAGCAUGACUGAAAUGCUUGUGGUUUGUGACUUUAGGAGGUUUCUUAAAAUGAUAUCAGCCUGUGUGAACUUGACACUGUUUUUCAUUUCUUUUCUUUGGUUUUGAGACUGCCUGACCUGUGGCUGCUUUACACUCAAGGCCAGUUAUUCUCUGAUGUUAAAAUAUAGAAUGACUUUUAUCUCAGCUACUGAACUGAGUGCAUACUGGCUCAGAAGUAGAUCCUAAGAGCUGCAAACAAGUACCUUGGCACCUUAGAGCCUAGGAAGCCCUGGACUGGGGUCACUUCCAAAUGGCUUCCCUGGAAGUUUAGGUGACAAACAGUCAUAUGUCUUGACUUCCCAGCAGCUAUCCUUUCUCAGUAAGCUGUCCCAGUACAGUGUCUGAGAGAAUGACACUUUCAGGAUUGAAAGGGAGCUGAAGGGGCGUGUAUUCUAGCUCCUGCAUCUCCAGAAAGAGGCAGCAUCCAGCAUUCUCUCGGAUCCCUCUGUGCGUUUCUGAGAAGGGAGAGUUCAUGAGUUGGGAAAUGAGUGGUCCGUAUCCUUGCUCAGCAUCUCUGAAGAUACGGCCGUUUUAAAUUUUGGCCAGAUUUGUCACUGGGGAACUUCCUCUGUGAAGCUUUGAUGAUUUCUCAUAGAAACUGCAAAAGUGAGUUGGGAUCAUCUGAAUUUUCUGUUUUACAGAUGGAGAAAGUUGUAGUCUCUUGCCCCUACCCACUUAGUAUCAUGGUAAUUUGGCUUGAGUAAAAUUUGGCGGCCUUAGGCUAGCUCCUUGUUACCAAGGCAAGCAGCUGAGUGUCGGUACUCCCUGUACACCUGUGCUGCUCAGCACAUGGGUUUUCUUGGUGUCUUUGAGCUUUGUUCUCUCUCUCUGUUUAACUGAGGUAAUGAGUGUGAAAACACCUUACUAAUCUUAGAUACUGGGUGAUGUUUCAUUGAAAGUGCUGGCUCUCAAGGUAUAGACAGAAACAGAUUCAGUUUUAGUCUCUGUCUCUUGCAGACAGUGUGACCUUGGAUAGUUUCGAUUAUAUAAAUCUUCAGCUCUCAAAUUCUUCAUCUAGAGCAUCAGGUUAAUAAAUUUAGCAGUAAGGUUAAAUGAAGAUCAAAUGAGGUUAAUACAUAGGAAAUACUUGCUUAAUACAUGACCAACCAAUAAUGAACAGUUAAUGUUUAAAAAUGAUCUGGCUUUUUUUUUUAACUGCUGCUAUUAUUAUUCCUAUAAUCACUGCAGAACAAGGUCCUUGUCCUGCCCUGUUAGGAAGGCGGUACCGUCAGGGCUUCUGCUUGCCCUCCAACCUUACCUUUCUUUGUAAUUUAUUUCUCUCUGUAGCACUUUCCUUGUUGUUUUUUUUUUUAACUUUACUGAGAAAAACAAUAUUCUUUGAAGCAAGCAUUAGAAAAGAAAAGCAAGCUAUAACUAUAGAUACUGCCAAUUUAAAAAUCUAUAACUAUGCCAAUGGAUUUAAAAAGUUAGAUGAAGUCAGGAUUGGAGGUGUGGGGGUAGAGGGGUGCUGACAUGAAUUUAGAAUGAAACCAAGACCAAGGACAAAGAAGUCUGGACCCCAAGGGCAAAGCAGGGUGAGCUAGACUGUUCACAACACAUACUCAAAUAACAGAGCCACAGAGGAUGAAAGGACCUGUGAGAACAGACACUGCCAUGAUAGGGGGUGGGGUGGCACACACAAAUCCUCUCUUGCCCUUGGAGUCCCUCUUUCCCUCCCUAUUGUGAGUACUUUCAAUUGUAUGCAAAUGUCACAUUUAGUCAGAGAAAAUUAGAAUAUUUUAAUUUUCUACUUGGGCUAUAAACAUACAUACCAAAAUGUUCUGGAUUUAAAAUUACCUUGCAUUUUUCAAAUUUAAAUUUUUUAUUUGGGGUUUGGCAUUUUGGAACUUUUCAGUAGUGAGCAAGCAUGUGCAUUCAGUAACUGAUAAUAGUAUUUCUUGAAAGAAAUACUAUCAAAGUCAAAAUAAUAGCUACAUUGUUGUGCUAUUAACAGUCACAACUUUCGUAAGAGGAAAAUGUUUAUGAACAUUAGAAUCUCUAGUUUCAGGCAACACAGAAUAUGUUUGUAGACAUGUAUAACACAUUAAUCAUGAACCAAACCUUCCCACAGGCCCCGUUUGUGAUAGAUGCAAAUCAUGGUCUUGUCACUGCUUUCCUUAUAGCUCCAGGUUGUAAGUCAGACCCAGAUUACAAGAAGUUUAAUUUUUCAAGUUGUUUGCUUGUUUUAGAAAACAUUUAGCAUGCAUAUUGUAAAGAGUGACUUCAUACUGAAGUCAAGAGCUCUUAACCCAGAUCUUACAUGCUAGGAAUAUGGUGAGUGUACUUCCUGAACAAAAAACUAGAACACACACAGCCUUUACAAAGAGUAUUCUCUCAUUUGUCAAUGUAAGUACAUUUGAAAAAUAUUACCAUGGCAUAAAUUAAGUCACAUUUGAUUAUACCAGUUAAACAUCUGUUGAAUAAAGGAAUAUCCCAAAAUAUCUAAGACAUAUACAUAUUAAUGCUUUUAUGCUUUUGUAAGGAUUAAGGAUUAAUCUUUUCCAGGCAGUCCUUUUUUUUUUUUUUUUAGAAUUUAUUUAUUUAUUUGAAAGGCAGAGUUAGCGAGAGGCAGAGGGAGAGCCAGAGAGAGGGAUCUUCCAUCUGCUGGUUCACUCCCCAGGUGGCCACAAUGGCCAAAGCUAAGCCAAUCCAAAGCCAGGAGCCAGGAGCUUCUUCCAGAUCUCCCAUGUGGGUGCAGGGGCCCAAGGAGUUGGGCCCUCUUCUACUGCUUUCCCAGGCCAUAGCAGAGAGCUGGAUCGCAAGUGGAGCAGCAAGUGAACCAGCUCCCAUAUGGAAUGCCAGCACUGCAGGUGGCGGCUUUUCUCACUAUGCCAUCACGCUGGUCCCCCAGCCAGUCUUAACUCAGAAAAAUGAAAGCAAAAAAAAUCUUUAAAAAAAAAAGCUUUAUUGGCCGGCGCCGCGGCUCACUAGGCUAAUCCUCCGCCUAGCGGCGCCGGCACACCAGGUUCUAGUCCCGGUUGGGGCGCCGGAUUCUGUCCCGGUUGCCCCUCUUCCAGGCAAGCUCUCUGAUGUGGCCAGGGAGUGCAGUGGAGGAUGGCCCAGGUGCUUGGGCCCUGCACCCCAUGGGAGACCAGGAAAAGCACCUGGCUCCUGGCUCCUGCCAUCGGAUCAGCGCGGUGCGCCGGCCGCGGUGCGCUGGCUGCAGCACGCCGGCCGCAGCGGCCAUUGGAGGAUGAACCAACGGCAAAGGAAGACCUUUCUCUCUCUCUCUCUCUCUCACUGUCCACUCUGCCUGUCAAAAAAAAAAAAAAAAAUCUUUAUUUAGCAGUUUUGUGGUUCUGGCAGAACUAAAAGAUUUAUAUAUGUGUACACACACACACACACAUAUACUAUACCUAGAUUUUGUGUUUUUUUUUUUUUUUUUUUUUUUUUUUUCUUUUUUGACAUCCCAGGGGGUUCAGGUACCAAGACCUGACCAUUGCAGAUUCUCUUGUCCUUUGCAGAUAGAACUUGUUGUCUUUUUGUUGCAGAAUUCUUCCCCUAUCCCUAAAAAAAGGAUUGCUUGAGCUGUUCUUUUUGGGUAUUUAGGUUGUGAAUCCUGACGCUUCAUUGCAGAGGAGUGCCCAGCAGUAGUUUUACAUACUUUCCAGAGACCGAGUGCUUAUGUACUUGCACAUUUUCUUACUUUAAGAAAGCCCAAAUUAUAAAAGUUCAGGAUGGCAAAAGAAAUUACUCAGGGAGUUUUUAUUCACAUUCUUGACUAUAAAAAUUUUGGUCUUUUAAUGUAUUUAAAAAUUGGAUCCUAUUUAAUCAGAAGAUACCUUUUAAAAUUACAUCUGUUAAAUAGAGAUCAAUUUGCAUUUUGGUUUUCAAAUUUUGAUUGGGAUUCUUUGGACUUCUUUUAUAUGCCAGAAGAGAGAGAAGCCUGGCCUUUUGUCUGUCUUGGAAAUUUCCAGCCCAGCAAAGUAAAUAGAGUCAUAGCUUGCAGGAAUUCUUAUCUGAUCAGCCAUCUUUUCCCUAGAUUAAAUUACAUCAAAACAGCAGAUUGGUAUAGUUGAUGGUUUAGAUUUUAAUUUCUUAUAAAAGAUUAAUAUCCCUACAAGAAUGAUUAUACUUAAAUAUAUAUUUAAAUAUAUAUAUAUAUAUUUUUUUUUUGGAAGAGUUAGAGGGAAAGAUAGAGAUAUCUUCCAUCUGCUGGUCCACCCCACAGGCUGGCCGCAACUGGCCAGUGCUGGGCCGAGCCAAAGCCAGAAUCCAGGAGCUUCAUCCCGGUCUCCCACAUGGAUGGCAGGGGCCCAACACUUGGGCCAUAUUCUGCUGCAUUUUCCAGGCCAUUAGCAGAGAGUCAGAUUGGAAGUAGAGCAGCCAGGAUGUGAACCAGCAUCCAUACGGGAUGCUGGUGUCGUAGGCAGCAGCUUUACCUGCUGCACCACCAUGUCACCCUAACUACUGGCACUUUCGAUGUCUUCCUUUGGUCUUUGCAGAUAUCAGGAGCAUCGCAUUCUGCUCUGCUCUUGUGCUAACCUCUUAGACAUCCACAGCUCUUCAGGGAGGUUUGAUGUGUGCUCACUGACUUCUUGAGAGUUUUCCUCACACAGUUUGUGGCUUUCUUAAGUGUGAAAUUUAUAUACACUGAUUCAGAGCUGCUCUUAAAAUUUUUCUUAAACAGCAAUCAUAAGCAACCCAGACUGGAGUGAACUUUUAUGUCUUUUUCUGUCCAGCUCUAUUGCAAUCAGGACACUGGGUGAGCUGUUCAUCUUGAUCUUGGCAUUCACGGGUCAGCUUUGAGUAAUUGACUUAACUUUAUUUAAGGAACUUAUAUUAUCCUCUUAGGCUUAUGUAUUGAUCACAUACUUUCUGAAAAGCCCAGGUCUUAUUAGUGAUUGAGGGAACCCAGUAAAGGAUCAGGAUCAUUUUCAAGUAAAAGCUUAAAGAUUAAGAGUUAUAUUCAUAUUACUGUUUUCAAAUAGUUAUUUAUUUGAAAGGCAGAGAGACUGAGACAGGUCUCUCAUCUGCUGGUUCACUCCCCAGCUGCCUGCAGUAGUGCUCCGGACAGAAGCCAGGAGCUCAAAACUCAAUCAGGGUUUCCCAUCGGGAUGGCAGGGACCCAGCUACUGGGAGCAUCACGCUGUCUCCUAGGAUGUGUAAUAGCAGGAAACUGGAUCAGAAGCAGAGCCGGGACACAAACCCAGGCACUCUGAUAUGUAAUACAGGCAUCUCAAGUUGUGUCUUAACCACUGAGCCAAAUGCCCACCUCUUGCAUUUCUUUUUCUUUUUCUUUUUCUUUUUUUAAGAUUUAAUUAUUUAUUUGAAAGUCAGAGUUACACAGAGAGAGAAGGAGAAGCAGAGAGAGAGAGAGAGAGAGAGAUUGAGAGAGAGGUCUUCCAUCUGUUGGUUCACUCCCCAGUUGGCUACAAUGGCUAGAGCUGUGCUGAUUCGAAGCUAGGAACCAGGAGCUUCUUCUGGAUCUCCCAUGUGGGUGCAGGGGCCCCAGGACUUGGGCCAUCUUCCACUGCUUUCCCGGGCCAUAGCAGAGAGCAGGAAAGCAAGUGGAGCAGGUGGGACCCAAAAUAACGCCCAUAUGGAAUGCUGGUGGCUUUACCCACUAUACCACAGCACUGGCCCGAUCUUUUUUUAUUUAUUUAUUUAUUUAUUUAUUUGAGAGGUAGAAUUACAGACAGUGAGAGGGAGAGAGAGAAAGGUCUUCAAUCCAUUGGUUCACUCCUUAGAUGGUCGCAUUGGUCAGAGCCGAGCCGAUCUGAAGCCAGGAGCUUCUUCCAGUUCUUUCAUGCAGGUGCAGGGGCCCAAGUGCUUAAGCCAUCUUCUACUGCUUUCCUAGGCCACAGCAGAGAGCUGGAUUGGGAGAGGAGCAGCCAGGGGUAGAACCAGCGCCUGUAUGGGAAGCUGACGCCACAGGCAGAGGAUUAACCUAUGCUAUGGCGCCGGCCCCUUGUAUUUCUUUCCUUUUUUUUUUUUUUUUUACAGGCAGAGUGGACAGUGAGAGAGAGACAGAGAAAAAGGUCUUCCUUUGCCGUUGGUUCACCCUCCAAUGGCCGCUGCGGCCGGCACGCUGCAGCCGGUGCACCGCGCUGAUCCGAAGGCAGGAGCCCUGGUCUCCCAUGGGGUACAAGGCCCAAGGACUUGGGUCAUCCUCCACUGCACUCCCUGGCCACAGCAGAGAGCUGGCCUGGAAGAGGGGCAACCGGGACAGAAUCUGGCGCCCCGACCGGGACUAGAACCCGGUGUGUCGGCGCCGCAAGGCAGAGGAUUAGCCCAUUGAGCCGCGGCGCCGGCCUGUAUUUCUUUUUAAAAUACUUGUUGAGAAUUCUUUUCUGCCGGCAUGACUCCCUGACAAUAUAUUAGACAUAACCCUUACAUUCAGAUAGCUGCCACUUCAGUAAGAUACGGGUGUUACAGGAGAUGGGCUGGGGCUUGAGCUGGACUGGACUAGAAGGUUGAAUGGACAUUCCUCUAUGCAGAGACAAAGAUUUGUCAGCAGAAGCAAAGAAGCGUGAAAAAGCAUUUCGCUGACGCCACGGCUCACUAGGCUAAUCAUCCCCCUGCAGCACCAGCACUCCAGGUUCUAGUCCCAGUUGGGGUGCCGGUUCUGUCCUGGUUGCUCCUCUUCCAGCCCAGCUCUCUUCUGUGGCCCGGGAAGGCAGUGGAGGAUGGCCCAAGUGCUUGGGUCCUGCACCUGCAUGGGAGACCAGGAGGAAGCGCCUGGCUCCUGGCUUCGGAUUGGCACAGCACAUCGGCUGUAGUGGCCAUUUCGGGGGUGAACCAAUGGAAGGAAGACCUUUCUCUCUGUCUCUCUCUCUCACUGACUAACUCUAUCUGUCAAAUUAAAAAAAAAAGAAAGAAAGAAAGAAAGAAAAAGAAAAAAUUGUGGCACCCAAAGGCAUUUUGAGUAGUACUGACAAAUGAACUCAUCAAUCUUCUUACUUAUUUAACCCAAUUUUAUUAGUGUUCUGUAUCUAAGAUAAAGAGUUCCUUCAAAUGAUAAGAUUCACACUUUCAAAAAAAUAUUUUUAUUUAUUUGAGAGGUAGCGUAUAGACAAAGAGAGGGAGAGACAGAGAGAAAGGUCUUCUAUCCACUGGUUCAUUCUCCAAGGGGCUACAAUGGCUGGAGCUGCGCCGAUCCAAAGCCAGGAGGCAGGAGCUUCUUCUGGGUCUCCCACAUAGAUGCAGGGGCCCAAGGACUUGGGCCAUCUUCCGCUGCUUUCCCAGGCCACAGUAGAGUGCUGGAUCGGAGGAGGAACAGCUGGGACACAAAGCGGCUCACAUAUGGGAUGCCGGCCGUGCAAGCAGAUGCUUAGCCUGCUGCCACGGUGCCAGCCCCUCAUUUUGUUUUUAAGAACUCUAGGGGCUGGUGCUGUGGCACAGUGGGUUAAAUCCCUGGCCUGAGGCUCUGGCAUCCCAUAUGGGUGCCGGUUCUAGUUCUGGCUGCUCCUCUUCCAAUCCAGCUCUCUGCUGUGGCCUAAGAAAGCAGUGGAAGGUGGCCCAAGUCCUGGGGCCCCUGCACCCACGUGGGAGACCCCAAAGAAGCUCCUGGCUCCUGGCUUUGGUUUGGUGUAGCUCUGGCUGUUGUGGCCAACUGGAGAGUGCAGCAGCGGAUGGAAGACCUCUCUCUCUCUCUCUGCCUCUCCUUCUUGAAUCUCUGUGUAACUCUGACUUUCAAAUAAAUAAAUGCAGACCUUCCCUUGAAUUAGACUGACCGCCUUUUCUCUGUGCUAUAAACACAUAAAAAGGUGAGGUCUUUCUCUUAGAGACCCUGGCUACAAGGAAUCUUUCUUUUUUCAAUUCCUGUAGCACAUGUUGCUUUGACCUGGAGGUGGCUGGGCUUUGUAGUCACACACACUCAGGGUUCACAUCCUAAUUCAGCUCCUUCAGGCUCUGGGACUGUGAGCAAAUUCCUGUAUCUGUCAGUCUCAGUAAAAUGGGGGGUAACACUACUUGUUUCGUGGACUAGUGUGAGGAUUACAGGAGACUGUGCAUGUAAAGUGCUGAGUAUGAAGCCUAGCACAUAGUGUUCAGUGAAAAGUGGCUCUGAUCUUGGUUAAUGAUUACUGGUACUUACUAAAUAAUGCCUCAGACAGUAGCUCGUAUUGAAGACUUCCCAACCUAUUUCUCCUUACUUCCAGUGUGAAGGGAGGCUGCCUAAUGCUGUUUGUGCCAUACCCAUGCGUUCACUUACUCCCCUCUGUCACCCUGUGUCUGCCCACUCCAAGCCUAGUGCCAUCUAGGGAUGAGUACUGGCUACAUCUUCAUUAUUAAAGAUGUAAUGGUAGAUAUUAGCAAUGCAGUGAUUUGGGGGAUCAUCUUGGUCUGUUUUCUGCUGCCAUAACAAUACCACAGACAGAAUAAUUUAUAAAUAAAAGCUUUAUUUGGCUCACGGUUCUGGAGGCUGGGAAGUCCAAGAACAUGGCAUUGACAUCUUCCAAGGACCUUCCUGCUGCAUCUUAAUAUAGCCGGAGGAGGGGAGGGAGAUUAGGGCCCAAAUCGCCCCAUUUACUGGGAACCCCUGCUGAGAUAACAGAAUUAACCCAUUCUUGAGGUUGGUGCUCUCACAUCCUAAUGGCCUCUUAAAGGUCCCAUCUCCCCAUACUAUUAAAAUGGCAAUUAAAUUUCAACAUGAGUUUUCGGGGUUGGGGGGCAAACCACUUUUAUAUUUCGGGACAUGAAAGUUCCUUAUGGAUUCUUGCUGUGCAGAGCCAGAGUCAAGAUGACAGGGGAAGAAAAUCUGGGUUUGGUCAAAGCUGCAUUAUUUUUGGCAAAAGGCUAUUAUAAAAUUCAUGGAACAGAACACAAGUGCAUUAUGAUUUCCCGAGUAAGUUGUGGCCAAAGCAGGGUCGGAGCAAACAGUAAGCAUGCAAAAGCACCGCUUCAGGAUCUUGUCGUGCAAGUUUGAGAAUGAUCCUCAGUCAAUCAAAAGUGCCUAGCAGUGUGCACGUAACAUAGUUAAUCAAAAGUAACUAACAUUGUGCACGUAACAUAGUUAAACUGUGUCAUUUAAGGCAAAAAAAAUCUUUCACUUGUUGUGUUUUAGAAUUCACCAUUCAUCAAACCGUAUCCUUUACACACACACGCACACACACGCACAGGCAUGCACAUGCACACACGGAUGUGAGGCUCUUUGGGCAGUCUUCCGUUGUUUGAGCUCAAUCUCAGUCCCAAGAGACCCAUGACAGAGCUCUGAUCGUUGCAUUGCUAUGUCACCUUGGAGCCAGAUUUCUUUGUUUUACCCACACUUAUGGUAUAUAUUUCAUUCCAGUGUUUGUAAAUAUUUUGUAUCAUGCAGUCUUGUUUUCUUUGGUUGGAAUUCUGAUAACAGGGAGAUUUCUUGUGUUGAUUUUGAAGUAAUCAUAAGCCCCAAAUGAGUUUGAAGUCAUCAUUAACUGUAAUAGUGUUGCUGCUUUUCUUCCUUAUUGGAGAAGCAUCAGGGAGUUUUUAUAGGGGCCAACUUUGUGGUGUAAUGGGGUAAGCUCUUGCCUGUGAUGCCGGCAUCACAUAUGAGUGCUGGUUGAAGUCCUGGCUGCUCCAAUUCCUACCCAGCUCCCUGCUAAUGUGCCUGAGAAAGCAGCAGAGGAUGACCCAAGUGCUUGGGCCCCUGCCACCCACGUGGGAGACCUGGAUGGUGGAAUUCCAGGCUUCUGGCUUCAGCCUGGCCCAGCCCUGGUUGUUGCCUCCAUUUAGGGCAUAAACUAGUGCAUUGAAAAUCUCUGUCUCUCCCUCUCUCUAAAUCUGCCUUUUAAAUAAAUAAGUCAAUCUUUAAAAAAAAAAAAAAAGAUUGAUUUAUUUACUUGAAAGAGUUAUACAGAGAGAGAA